GUGCGACUGUAUCAGGCAAACCCGAUCGAGUUUGUAGAGCACUACCGGCACGGUAACUCGAUCGAUCCCUGAUUUCCCUUUGCUCCCGCCAGCCAACAAGAACCCCUCAAACCCCUCGUCAUCACACACUCUUUCUCCCCUUUUCACUCUUCAACCUACCUCCACCAUCAGAGGCACCCCCGCUACUUAAAUACACCACAAUGUCAAGAAGGUCGAGUACGGAUAGGAGCGCGGAGGAGGACGCAGCGCUGCUGGGCGGUCGGCCCACGAACAAACAGGCCGAGCGCGGGAAAUGGGAUGGAUGGGUCAGGCUUGGGUUAGGAGUUUGGGCGAUGGCUGCUACGGCUGGUCAGUUCACCAUCAUCCGCUUGCGAAAAUAGGGAGAUGAGGAGCUUUUCUGCCUUUUCUCCCUUCCGGUGGCUAACUGUGGAGCGUAGGAAUCGUGGUUAUCGCUGUGCUCUGGGUGAAUAGCGGAAGCGGACGUAACUCAAAGUUCCCACCAGAGGGAAAGAGGAACGCUGUUUUCAUGGUUUCUGAUGGUAGGGCUUAACAACUCUCCAUUUUUUUUGCCACUAGAUUUUAGGCAGGGAAAAAGUGAUAAACAAGCUAUGGAGAUUUAACGAGGCACACGAUAUGCAGGAAUGGGCCCGACGUCUCUUUCUCUUACGCGAUCCUAUCGCCAAUUCGUCGACGGACUCCAUUGGGGCAAUACUCUUACCCUCGAUAAACACCUUAUCGGAACUAGCAGGACUAGAUCUAGCUCUAGUCUUGUGACCGACUCUGCGGCCGGAGCUACGGCCUUCUCUUGUAGCAUGAAAAGCUACAAUGGAGCUAUCGCUGUGUUACCAAAUGGGUCUCCCUGCGGAACGGUUUUGGAGGCUGCGAAAAAAGCUGGAUACAUGACGGGUUUGGUUGUCACCACUCGGAUCACCGAGUAUGUUUAGCCGUUUGUUAUUUUUUGUCCGAUUAUAAAGAGGUAACUAAUCUAAGUUCUACAGCGCCACGCCAGCUUGCUUUUCAGCUCAUGUCAACCUUCGUGGCGAGGAAGACAGAAUUGCGGAACAACAGAUUGGCGAUUACCCCCUCGGUCGUAUGGUGGAUCUCAUGAUCGGCGGUGGAAGAUGCCACUUCUUGCCUAAUACAACCGACGGUUCCUGCAGAGAUGACUCUAGAGACUUGAUUUCCGAGGCUCAGAAGAGAUUCGGAUUUUCGUAUGUCGACGAUCGCAAGUCCUUUGAUGGAUUGAAGAAGGGACAUGCUGCCAAGUUGCCGCUUUUGGGUCUUUUUGCUCCCACCGACAUUCCCUACGAUAUUGACCGCAAGGAUGAGGAUUACCCGAGCCUUGAGGAGAUGGCCGAGGUUGCAUUGAAAGCUUUGGAAAUUGCCACGAAGGAUAGUGAUAAGGGCUUUUUUUUGAUGGUCGAGGGGAGUAGAAUAGAUCAUGCCGGGCAUGGAAAUGAUCCUGCUGCCCAGGUUCACGAAGUUUUGGCUUAUGAUCGAACUUUCAAGAGGGUUUCCGAUUGGAUUGCCGGUUCACGGUAUCCCGGUGUUGUCGUUAGCACCAGUGAUCACGAGACUGGAGGAUUGGCUACUGCUAGACGUAAGCAGCCCCUCUGAAAACGGUGUCAAAUCGUGGACUAAUGGAAGUCUAGAGCUUCAUGAGGACUAUCCGGAAUACCUCUGGUAUCCAGAAGUUCUUGCUAACGCCUCUUCAUCCUCGGAAUAUCUCGCCGCUCAGUACGCCCGUUAUGAAGGCCCUGCCGACCAGGAGGAUGACUACAUACGCGAUACGAUCCUCUUCAAAGGUCUCGGCGUCCAUGACGCCUCCGACGACGAAAUCAAGGCCAUCAAAGAUCAUAAAGCCGACGAUGACUCCGCAUGGCUCCUUGCAGACCUCAUUUCUCGUAGAGCACAGGUUGGCUGGACCACCCACGGCCACUCGGGCGUCGACGUGAACAUUUACGGAUCAACUGGAACCUCCAAACUUAAAGGCAACCACGAAAACACCGAAGUAGGCGAAUUCCUCAGAGACUACUUGCAAGUGGAUGUGGACGCCAUCACCAAGGAAUUGAAGAAGAAGGGAGUCGAUAGAGUGGAUACUGCUGGCGUGGGCAAAGUUGAAUAUGAGUGGAUGGGAAGACCAUUGAACGAGUUGAAGGAGGUUGGUUUCGAAACCGAUGAGUUGGAUAGCUACCAUGGGCAGUUUAAGCAUAAACAUUGAGUACUGGUAGUUUGGAAAUCAUAGACCCUCUCCCCUCUCCCCUUCUCACUUUUCUUAUAACGCUCUGCCCUUUUCCUUCCUUUUCCUCUUCCUUUCCUUUGCUGUUGUCGGUCCGUUCGUUCGCGUUGGCUUGAAAGAUUGUAUUAGAGUAACUUUAAUAUACCCCCUUGAUCUUCCAUAG